AUGCUGCACGACGGCUCGGCCCGGUCGUUGCGUCCCUCCCUCGUCUAUUUCUCCGCCGCCAGCCGUGCGGCCGCUAUAGCUCGGUUCGCCGUCGCGUUCUCUAGCAGGCACCGCCACAACGUCUCGUUCGCGGUGGUCACGGGCUGUCCACGGUGCCGCCAGCCCAGCCCAAUUAAAUCGUUAUAUCGGACGCCCACUGUCGGGGAAAAAAACUUGGUGGGCUUCCGCUACUCGUUCCCUACCGCCGCCACGCCGCUCGACGGGAUUAGGUUUCUUCCUCGCUGGGUCGCUGCGGUCCGCUCCUCUUCGUGCCGCGCCGCGCCGCGCCAUGGCCGACCACGGUCCGCCGCUCCGUCCCUCCGCUCAACCAACUGCCCCUCCCUCCACUCCGCUUCCCCCUCGAGCUCGCGCGCCGCCGCCACCCCUCCUCUCUCUCCGCCGCUCGCCGCUCCCCUCCAUGGCCACUGCCCUCCGCCUCCUGUGUUGACCUCGUCCGCGUCUGGCACCUCCAUUCUUCCACGGGAAAGGACCACUCUCACCCCGUCGUUUGAGCAGCAGGCCUGUGUGGAGCUCCCGGCGGCCGGCGAGGUUCUUGGGGAUCCUCAACCGCACGCAUCCGGCGAGGUCCAUGGGGAGCUGCCGAAGAAGAUUUGCAGAAGCAAUAUUGCACAACCUUUCAACGGAAAUCUGCUAGUAGUAACGUGGUAUCAUCAUGUACAACUAAUGCUGAUGAAGUUUGCCAGCAGUAUCAGCUCUUCAGAUUCUACAAAGCAAUUGAUGAAGUUUGCCAGCAUAAAUGUGCAGUACUAGUGCAAUGGUCUUCAUUGUGCAAUGGGCUCCGUCCACGUCCCGCCCCGGCGAGCUUCGCUCCGGCUUCGUCUUGCUCGGUGGCGUCGAGGCCGGCGGCGCUUGUUUCUGCUCCGGCGACUUUCAGCAGGGCUGAAAAAAAGGAGGCGGCGGCGCCGGGAGUCUCCAGGCGAGGGCGACGACGAAACUUAGCUAGGCGAGCUCCAAUCCGACGGGAAGAAUGGAGGUAUCCAUGGCAAAAAAGCAAACAGAGAAGGGAUAGAGGAGAGAGAAGAUAUGGGACUUUUUUUGUCACUACCAAAUGGGCCACGACCGGACAUGUGCGGAUGGAAAAGCACGCCCGUGCUCGUCCGGCUCGCCCCAAAAGCCACGCAAAUUUGAGCUGGCUUUGGGUCGUGACGGACCUCGCGUGCCGUCCGUUUUGCAUUUGGGUCCGCGUGUUGGGUCAUGUUUUUACCCAAAAGGACACACGGGGACAUUUUGCGUACCCGCGUCGAAGAUGCCCUAAGACAGGCAUAUUCCUGUCAUUUCCCUUUGUAUUGUUUUGAGAUACUCAGAAUAUCCUGAGACAUUUUCCUGUCAUUUCCCUUUGUACCGGUUUAAAGAUAGUCUGAAUUUCUGGACGUGUUCUUAUACAUGAAUGUAUUAUACUGUAGUAAGUGUAUGUGCUAGCAGUUGUACCAAAUCUGU